AUGUCUAAGCCCAAAGUCACAAAUUCCGAUCUUAACCUUAGGAUCCAUACGGUCCUGCAUCAAGCAAACAUGUAUCUUGACCCUGUUCUCAUUGAUUUUGAUGCCCCUAACAGCUUCACCCUCAUUAACCAGCUUCUGCGACGUUAUAAUAUCGACGAUACUAUGAAAGGCCAUGUUGUUAAGUAUUACACACCCCACGGUCUGUGGGUGUCAGAGACGCGAUCAGCGAACGACAGGAUUGAAGUCGAUGAUGGAGAUGUCGCUAACUAUAUCACAAACUACGCAGUAGGAAACGGAUUCAUUUCACAAAGCUACAUUACCUCAUGGAAGCAAUUCAAUGUUAACUACAAUAAGGUCAGAGCCACAGAAAGAAAGCCGGCACGAGCCCGCAGGAACAAAGUGGGACUACCACGUCUGUCUCCACUGCGACAAGUCAUGACAGCUGAAGCGGAAGAUGCCACCAGCCUUCACUCGGAUAAUAUCAGCAUGAUUGUUAACAGACAUUCCUGGCCAUCGAGCACUGCCCAUAGAGGUUGGGUCAUAAGAACUGACCAGCUCACCCGAGGCGAUGUUGAUUGGCUUGAAGCCGCAGAUCCAAAUUCAUACUACUCAUUGCCGUUUUCUGAGCCUGUGAGAUGUGGAUUGGGUGUCGGGGGUAUGCUCCGGAAGGCGUCGAAGUCCGCGUUGUCGUAUUUGAUAUGCGGAGCUAGGUAG